UCACAGAAAACUAACACCAAAGUGAAAAAAGUAAAGAAAAAACAAAGGAAAGACCAACAGAAUCGCACACUCCCCAGCUCCUUCAAUCACAGUCCUCCCACACAGAAGAAGAAGGAAAAGCGCGGGAGGAGAUGCUAGCAUCGUUAGCUUGUCGUUGGAAAACGCUGGUGUUUCGUGAGGACGUUUGUGAGUUUUUUCAGACAGAAAGGGGGAUACGUGGUUGGUUUCCGAACUCUCAGCAAAUUUCAAAGUGCCAUAAAAACAACGUUGCUGUGGUUAUCGGAGCUGCAGCGAAGGGGACGGCGGUGUUUGUGUGAGUUUAGGCUGAAGAUCAGAGCGGUUGCAGUAACCAUGUCUUCACUUCAGUCUCUGAGAGAACUGAUCAGGGAGAGACUAGCUGCUGCUGCAGAAGAAAUCUUCCGACUCUGUGAAGGAACUAUCCUCCAGUACGAGCAGGAGCUGUGUCGUCAGCGCAGACUGCUGGAUCUCAUCUGGAAACCACAGGUUCAGCUGCACGAUAUAGACCCUGCCCAACAUUUUCUGGAUAACCAUGAGAUAACAAUACACAAUUCCCACUCUUGUGUGAAGCAGGAGGAACCAGAACAGCAACAGGACAAGCAAGAGCAACAGAACUCUCCUCAAAUUGAAGAGGAGCAAGAAGAACUCUGCAUCAGUCAGGAUGAAGAGCAACUUGAUCUACAACAGGACAAGCCAAAGCAACAGAACUCUCCUCAAAUUGAAGAGGAGCAAGUAGAACUCUGCAUCAGUCAGGAUGAAGAGCAACUUGAUAUGAUACAGGAGGAACCAGAACAGCAACAGGACAAGCCAAAGCAACAGAACUCUCCUCAAAUUGAAGAGGAGCAAGAACAACUCUGCAUCAGUCAGGAUGAAGAGCAACUUAAUCUGAUACAGGAGGAACCAGAACAGCAACAGGACAAGCCAAAGCAACAGAACUCUCCUCAAAUUGAAGAGGAGCAAGUAGAACUCUCCAUUAGUCAGGAUGAAGAGCAACUUGAUCUGAUACAGGAGGCUGGUACCUUGAUGGAGAGUCCUACUAAUGAGGAAGAUGAGAGCAGUGAAGCAGAUCUAAACAAUCAGCAGAAACUUAAUGAAACUGAUAGUCAGGAUGAAGCAGGGAGCCAACAUGAGUCUGAUGAAGAACCAUAUGUCUGUAAAGAAUGUGGUACAAGCUUUAAACGGAAGUGUAAUCUCAAAAGGCACAUGAGAAUUCAUACAGGAGAGAAGCCUUUUUCCUGUAAAGAUUGUGGUAGAAGCUUUAAUCGGGCGUCUAUUCUCAAAAGUCACCUGAGAAUUCAUGCAGGAGAGAGGCCCUUUUCCUGUAAAGAAUGUGAAACAAGCUUUACACAGAAGGGUGCUCUCAAAAGGCACAUGAGAAUUCAUACAGGAGAGAAGCCUUUUUCCUGUAAAGAUUGUGGUAGAAGCUUUAAUCAUGAGACUAUUCUCAAAAGACACUUGAGGAUUCAUACAGGAGAAAAGCCUUUUUUCUGUAAAGAAUGUGGUAGAAACUUUCUUCAGAAGGGUGCUCUCAAACAGCACUUGAGAAUUCAUACAGGAGAGAAGCCUUUUCCCUGUAAAGAAUGUGGUAAAAGCUUUUCUCAGGUGUCUACUCUCAAAACACACCUGAGAAUUCACAGGAGAAAAGCAAAAGAAAAUAACACAACCUAAAAAACCACAUGAUCUCUAGCAAAGGGACAUUUUCUAGUUUCUAGUUCUAGUUAGGGUUAGGGCAACCAUACUAAUAUUUACAGUUUAAAGACUGCAAGGAUCAUAUGUUGUUGUUGUUAACUACUUACUGUAUGUGUUACCAUGUGAAUUUAAAAAAGUUCUAUACAAAAUUUUCAUAACUAGAUUGAACUCUUGUUCAAUCAAGUUGUUCUUAGCAAACAGAUCUUUGAUUUUCCAUCUUUUGGUGUAGGAUUUCCACCUCUUUCUGAGUAGCUAUAAUCUGGGCAUCAAAAGUAGAGGUGAGGUCUUUGUGAGCUGCCUUCAAAGGUUCAACCUCUUCCUUCAGGAUAGUCUUUGUUUUGGAUUCUGGAGCUUUGGAGUCCAUCUGCCAUCUGAGACAUUUUAUUUCUCUCUGAAUGUUGUUUAGAUGAUGUUAUCUGAUGUUGUUGUUUCUCCCUACAGCCUUAAGUUAUUUUGAAAACUUUUCUACAUUUUCUACGAAGGUCACCCUUAAUUCCUCAUAAUAUCUAUGGAGGUCCUUCUUGUGUCUGUGUUUGAUGUCUUUUGUCACCUGGUUUGCAAUUUCGGCCGCCCCUCAAAACUUCUGGAUCGACAUUUUUUUUGAAACCUCUCCAGUUCCAGUUUGAUUUCUUUUCCAUCAUUAAUCUAUUUCUCCGUCAAUUGUUUCUGUUUGGCCAGUUGUUGUUUGGCCUCUUCCAAUUCUCGAUUUUAUUGGGCAAUGAAAUACUCAUCAUGGAACCGAGAUUCCGCAUGUCUUUUAGAUCUAUGAUGUCAUGACAUGUAACCACAACAAAACUCUUUGUGACAUUAUAAAAAUACCCCCCCCCCCC